GAGAGGGUGCGGUGGGGGGCCUCGUGAGCCCGCGCCGCGCGCGUGACGUCAGCGCGCGCGGGUUUAUUUGUUUAUUUAUUUACUCGGAGCCGUGCGGGCUAAGGGGAUGCUGCAACGGAGGAGGGUUGAGGGCGACUUCGAUUCAAUAAUUUAGUUUUUUUAUUCUUUUAUCCUCCUCUCCCUCCCCCCCUCCUCUUUUUUUUUUAUAACCCGCUCGUUUCCUCACAAUAGUCUCCUUUCGCCGCUAAAGUGUUUUUUUUUUUAUGAGGACGAGUCCCCAGGUCGUGCGUGGCGAGGCGGCGGAGCAAGGAUGAGCGUCACAUCGUGGUUCCUCGUGGCGGGCAGCGGAACCCGCCACCGGCUGCCCAAGGAGAUGAUCUUCGUCGGGCGCGACGAGUGCGAGCUCAUGCUGCAGUCCCGAAGCGUGGACAGACAGCACGCCGUGGUCAACUACGACCCCGCCACUGACGAACACAAAGUCAUGGACCUGGGCAGCCUCAAUGGGACGUUUGUGAACGAGAGCAGGAUCCCGGAGCACACUUACCUCAUUCUAAAGUUGAACGACACCAUCAGGUUUGGCUACGAUCCUAAUCUGUACACUGUUGAGAAGAUUGAACACAAGGUACCAGAGGAAGCUUUGAAGCACGAGAAGUACUCCAUUCAGCUGCAGCUGGGAGCGCAGCCAGCUGAGACGAGGUUGGCAGACACGUCAGCCGUCGUCUCUGAGCCAUGCAAGCCUCACACCCAGUACCAGGCCGUCGUGAAGACCCACGCGCCGCCGGACGAUAAGGCGUCUGCAGCAGACCCACCGAACACCCCCCCUCUGCACAAGACCCCGCUCUACGGCCAGCCAUCCUGGUGGAGUCAGAACGAGGGACAGGGGUUAGCCCACGAGGAAGGGGACCAUUCCCUCGCGAGGCCCGACCACGGUCACACGGAGCCAGCGCUCGCCCUCCAGCCCAGCGACAGCUUUGCAGUUAAGGAAAUCCGGAGACUCCAGGAAGAAAGCAACGGAAAAUUUUCCAUCCCCAUCCAGAGAGACUCCAGGGAAGAGUCCGUUUACAGCCUAAGACGAGAGCCUAGCUACUUUGAAAUCCCAACCAAAGACUUCCAGCAGCUACAGCACCAGCAGCAGGUUCUGCAGCAGCAGCAGAAGCAGCAGCAACAGCAGGUGGCACCGCCAGGAAAGCCACCGCGGCCGCCUGUCCACGAGGCUCCGACGCGGGACGUCGCGUCUUCCGAAGCAGACCCAACGACGCAGGCUGUCGUGCAGAGCCACGCCUCCUUCACCAUCGAGUUUGACAGCGCCAAGCCGGGCCGUGUCAUGAUAAAGGACCGCGCCGCUAAAUUCGCCGCGGACACCGGUCUCCGGCAGAGGCCGAAGCCAGGUCCCCCGAGCCAGCCGCAACAACAACAGCAGCAGCAGCAGCCGGCGCCGACCGUGGCGGCGGCGGCGGCGGUGGCGACGGCUCCGAGCCCGGCGUCCGCCUCGCGUUCGGCGUCCUCGCAAGUGGACGCGGCCACUGCCACCGCCAGGAACAAGGUGCACGAUUGGCUGGCGCAGCAGGAGCCCAUCGUGUCCAUGAUCCGCAAGGACCUGGCGAGCGACGACGUGAUGAGCACCAAGAGCGACGUCCCCGUGCACGGCAAAGUACUGAAAGGCAGCAAGCACAGGGACGGCACGAGAAGCGAUGACGAGGCAGACGCAGAGAGUGACCCAAAGCAGCCGUCGGAUAAGACGAGUCCCGUGGCCGAUGCACCACCGGGCCCUAAGGCCUUCACCAUCGAGUUCUUUGAUGAAGACCACCCUCGCAAGAAGCGCUCCUCGUCUUUCACGCACCGCGACGGGGUGCCCUUCUCAUCGAGCAGCCAGCCCGACCGCUCAUCCUCUCCAGGCCUGGCAGCCAGGGGCGCGCGCACCACAAGCAAGACGCUGCCUCAUCCGCUGCACCAGAAUCAGCUGCCGCCUGCACCGCCCCCGCAGCAGCAGCAGCAGCAGCAGCAGCAGCCGCAGCAGCAGCCUCAGUUCUUCUCCCGCGCUGGGUCGCACCGGGCAUACAGCAGCAUGGGGCGGCGCUCCAAAGUAUCGCUCGAUUUCCAGCAGCUAAAGAAGGAAGUUACCGGCGGUAGCGGCGGCAGUGGUGGCGCAGAUCGCGACAACGACACGGCUGGUUACAGUGUCGAUGUCCGUCGCGGUGAUGCUACGCGGGCAAACUCGGGAAGCCGCGACGACGACGACGAUGAUGAUGUCGACGAUGUUCAAAGCGGUGGCAACCGCGGGGAAGACGCGGGCAGGGGCGAGGAGGACAACCACAGUGAUGCCGGCACGUACACCAUCGAGAGCGAGAUCAAGAACAAGGAGGAGGAGAAAGCUCGCAGCAUGAUCGACCAGGUAUUUGGCGUGUCCGACCCGCACGAGUACCCGGGGGCGGCCUCGCCGGCACGACCCGCGUCCCGGACGCCGCCCCCGCCACCGCCCACGGCGACCGAACGUCAGGUCCGCAAGAUGCUGCACUCCAAGAGCCAGUCCUUCAGCGGCGAGGAGUCUUUGAACUUCCCUGGUGCUGGCUCGCAGGCAGUGCAAGCGUCUAUGUCUGCUGGGAGCCCUCGCUGGGUGUCUCGCUGGGCCAGCCUGGCCGCCACCCAUGCCACUGACCAACCCGAGCCGCCAGAGGUUUCCCGUGAGCGCAGCCUGCCCGCCACGACCGGGGACCGUGACGUGUCUGUGGCUACGAGGGCCCUGAGUCAUCGGCCCGCGACAGAUGGUGACGUCAGCGAGUCUGCCUACACGAGCAGCUCCGUUUCGCUGACCUCGGACGUGGCCCUGAGCGUGUCCGGCGUCGGGAGGAGACAUCGCACUCUUCCGCAGGCUCCCGAGAGGCCCAGCUCCAAAUCUCCGGACCUUCGUCGAGACUUCACCACCUCCGACGUGGUGGUGCUGGACAAACGCGACGUGCCCGACGGCUCGAAACGCGCACGCGCCUCCGCCAAGGGCGCCGUCGUCAACGACGCGAGGCCCUCGUCGCACACGCAGAGGGCCGACGGGGCUCCCUCCUAUGGCGAGAGCCCCGCGGAAUCCGAGCACAAGUACGCCGGCGUCAAAGAGCGUGAGCGCGGGGACUCGGCGGGCUCCUGGACGGUGAGCAGCAUCGCGCCCGGCAGCUCGGCGGACUUUGACGGCGCAGCGGAAGGGCCACGCGCGCACACCCACAACCGGACCCCCAGCGUCGGCGCCCUCCCGACGGGUGGCGGCGGUGAAGAGCCGCUCGGCGCGAGGCUGAACGCAUCCCUGGCGCGCGUCAAGUCCAGGGGGAGGAGGAGCACCCCUGAGCCGGCACCUCCAGGGCCACAGGACGAGGAUGAUUUCGCACACGAGAAGCACAGACCACUGCAGAGGAAGGGCAGCUUCACCAAGGAGCGGCCCAGCAGCGAAGUGCCGCUCAGCGAGAUCCCGCAAAUCAACGGCGGCCCCGGUCCCAAAGGCGCGAAGAGCCCCGGGGCCGUGUCGGACACGGCCUACCUACUCAAGGACACGGAGGCUGCGCUACACUCGCUGGAGGCCAAGCUCCACAGAGGUUACCAGGAAGACAAGGCCCGUGGCCGCGGGAGGCACGGCCGGGCCGACGACCCCCAGGGUAGUAAUCAGACAUCACCGGCUUCGCUCGAGUCGGACGCCGACACGGCCAGCAGCGGCACGUCAGCCAGCCUCGUCGCAGACAGCAACAGCAGCAGCCACGGUGAGCAGAAGCCGCUGCACAGGCGCAGGAGCUACAGCAGCCUGCACAGGGAGAAGGCGGUCGUAAUGGGCUCCGCAUCCGCCGACCCACAGGCCAAGGUGGUGGCAACGACAGCGGGUGAUCUGAAGCACAAGGGAAGGCGCUCCGAGCCUAGCUACAGCAAGCAGCUGCAGAAGGGCAUCAAGGCUGCUCUGCUUGCCACCGGCGAAGGUGCUGAUGACGACGACGAUGAGGACCUAAGGCUUUCGCGAUCGGGGAUUGCAGAGUCGUACGAUCGGAGCCACGCAAAGUCGUCGGCCGGACGGGAAGACCGGAGCCAACGGCCAUCGCCUGGCUCGAGCACAACCAUCUCCAAGCCGAGACCCACUCGGGCUUCGAUCCUGCGUCGCGCGCGGCUCGGGGACGCGUCCGACAACGACGCCCAGGCCGAGGUGGAGGCGAGCAACAAGCAGCAGGCGUCCACCUCCAAACGGCCGCCGUCUCGGCUGGACAUCCUGGCUCAGCCGCGGCGGAGGACGGGCUCGUUCACCGCGCGCAGCACCGACGCGGAGAGCUUGGCAGCGUCGCGUAGUGGCGGGCGGGCGUCGGUUGCCAGCGGCAGCAAGAGCUCUACGGGGGCCGCGGGCGGAGGAGGCGUUGGUGCGGCGGUGGCGCCGGGUGCUGCUCGGAGCAAGUCCUUCCGCGAGCCAAAGUCGGCGGGGUCGGUGUCGCGCUCGCAGAGUCUGUCGCGCGGCUUCGACCAGGGCAAGCCGCGGUCGAGCAGUGUAAACCGAGGCUCCGCCGCAGGCACUCGCUGGCGCCGCUGCCCCACAGACUACACCUCCACGUCGGAGGAGGACUCGAGCUCCCCUAAGCACGCCACCGCCGCGGCCCCCCCUCGCGUACGCCCCUCCCCCACAGCUGUAGCGGCGGCGGCGGCGGCCGCGGCGGCGGCGUCGUCGCGAGCCAACCGGGCCUCCUCCUCCGCCGCGGGGCCGAGCAAGCGCCGCUCGCGUUUGCCCGACGAUGAUGACUACAUCCGCGACUGGAACAACCACAGCGAGGAGAUCGCCCGAAUCAGCCAGGACCUGGCAAAGGACCUGGCCAUCUUGGCACGCGAAAUUCACGAAGUGGCUGGGACUGAGCCCAACUCCGUGAGCAGCAGCUCGUCGGCUGCGGGGGUGGCCGUCAGCGAUGGGCCCCCCUCCCCCGGUUCCACCAUUGAGGCCAAGGAGCAGCUCGUGCAGAGGAUAGCAGACGAGGCGAUUAAUUUCCGCAAAGUUCCCCCACACUCGUUGGCCGACGGACAAACCACCUGCGGGCCAGAGGCGCCUUACCGAGCCGAGGAGGGCCGCAUGCCCGACUCGGCAAGCAAACGCAAGACGUGGACACGCGACGAGAUGCAGCUGGAUAACCUCAUCCUGUCUUCAGUCGCACAACUGUCCCAGAAGAUUCGCAGCAACACUGACAGAACGGCAACUAAAAUGAGGAUCCUGCUGCGGGACGAGGAGAGGAACUGGCCGGAGAUCGAGUCUCGUCUCAACUCUGACAGCGAAGUUCCGCUGCUGAAGACAUCCAACAAGGAUAUUGCUUCCAUAUUGAGGGACCUUCGAACAGUUGAAAGGCAACUGGAAGUCAUCAAUGCCAUGAUCGAUCCGGACAACGUCCUGGACCGGUGGUGCGACAAGGAGCAGGCCAGGAAGUCGGCACAAGGCCGCUCGCGGGUUGGAAGCCGGCGCGGCAGCGGCGGAGGUUUGGACGCGUCACUGUGCACAGAGCCCGACAGCGUGGGCUCCGAGGCGGAAUAUAGCAUCCACUUCAACAAGUUUCAUCCGAGCGGCGAGGAGGACGAAGGGGAGGAAGAAGGGCCCUGCUACGUGUGAGGACCCCCCCCCCCCCUACUGCCGAGGCGUGCGGAAAACGAGAGGCCAUCUUGUGCCGCCUCCCCCUCCCCCCCUUCCUUGCACUGAACGCCGAACUAAGCUGCUGUUAGCUUUCUUUGUUUUUGUUGCACAAUGUGUUCUCGAACUCUGGUUUUGGCUGUACAUUUUACUUUCGUGUUAUUUAUGUUCGUGUUCGUUUUUUCUGCUGCGUAUUUUUUUUUUUGCACGUUUGCGGUUUGUUUGUAAGCCGGUACACUUGAUCAGUGGGCAUCGCAAAACUCAAGUUGGAGGGCAGUGUGGGAUAAUGCCAAGACAUUGUAGUAACCACGGUGAUGAUGAUGAUGAAUUACACUAUAGAGGUGUUUAACACUAACUGUAGGAUAACUGUGUACUCAAUCCAAUUAUGCGAUAUUCACAAUGCAAACAUAUAUCAUCUCUACAGGUACGAAUUUAGCAAACGUUUAAUGCGGCAAUCUCCAGCCAAGAGUUUUGUGAAGCCUUCUUACCUCCUCCGCACUUGGGUUAUUUAAGGUAAUUCUUUUCAGAAUCAAAUCUAUGUACACUUUAUUUGGGGGGUCUUACAUUCAAAAUCAAAGAUUAAAUAUAUAUAGAGAGAGAUAGAGACGACAAAAAUAAGAAAAGUGUACCAAAACACUGUCUUGAAUUGUUGCACUGCUGGUAUGACCUCUUGGAAUCAUAUGCAUGAUUAUUAUUAUUAUUUAAAUGUUUUGCACGUGUCAUCUUUGUUAAUGUUAUGGACAGAUCAAAUGAUAUUUUCUUGAGAUCCUAAGCUAAGACAUGUUCUGCCACUUGUUACCAAUCUGAUUUAAUUAUGGAUACAAAUUGGUAACUGUUGAAGACAUCGGUCCUUAAAAUUUUAAGUUGCCAUAAUGAAAUGCAUUGUUUUUUUUACAUUAAAUGCUGUUUUAGAUUUUUCAAGCUGAUUAUAUUUUCCCACAAUUCUAGAAGAUAUCAAACUUGUCCUUGAAACGUGAGCCAUCGAAACAAUGGACAGAGGUUAUCACAAAAAAGGCUUUUAAUUGCUGCCAUUUGAUUUUGUUAAUCAAAGUGUUUAUUGCUCGAGUUCACGACCCUAUCUUAAGUGCCUCAUCUUUAGAGCCACUCCUUGCUACUGACUGCUUAAACCCAUCGAGCACAUGAUUGACUCAAAGAGUCAAGAUUCAAUUUAAAGUGAAUGAGACAGGGUAGGUAAAUGGUCGUGUAAAAAAAUGCCAUGACGCUAUAUUCACGGUGUUUCACAUUUUUCCACAUGCAGCGUUAUUCGCAUUGUUUUAAGCAUUCUAAAAUAUAUUCGGAAUCGAAAGUUGUUGACAAUGCUUGGUACAGUGUUUUCAAUGCCAUAAAGAUAUCCACGCAGCUUCAAAAAAGGCCACUUGUUGAAUAUAUUCUGAUUGUUUAAACAUUCAAACAUAUUCGGAAUAAAAAGUUGUUUACAAUGCUAAGUGCAGUAUACGGUUGCAUGCCUUUAAGUUUCUGCUUUACAGUAAAGGCCAUGAUAACGCUUGGGCAAUUUUAGGGUCAUUAUUGUCAGCAUUGUUGUGACAAACCAAUUACUUUGAGCAACUGUGGCAACUUGAUUAUGAAGUUUCAUCGUGUAACAGGGGUCUGUCUAAACCAGUGAAACGUGUUUGAAAAGUUUUAACAAUAAUUGAGCUGGAGAGACUUCACCUGCGAUUCAGAUGGGAAGUUGUCAUCUCAGUUACCCCCCACCAGGGGGGAGCAGUGAUGAGAUGUAGUAAAUUGCUUUGUCCACAUUUAGGCCGACUAAUAUUUUUACAAAAUGAGAAACAUAACCCGGUGCCAGUUGCUGGCAAAAAUGUCUGAACAAUUGCCCGAUUGUGCCCCGUGGCUUUAACCAACUACUGCUCAAGAAUGGGUAAAACAAAUAUAGUAAAACCUUGGAUUGCGAGCAUAAUUCGUUCCGGAAACGUGUUUGUAAUCCAAUGCACUCGUAUAUCAAAGCACUCGUAUAUCAGUUGUGAUCACGUAACGCUCAGCAGACAAAUCGUAUAUAUGUACUACUUGUAUUGCAAGACCUCGCUCGUUUAUCAAAUUUAAAUUUAUUUUUAAUUUUUGCUCGUCUUGCAAAACACUCGCAGACCAAGUUACUCGCAAUCCAAGGUUUUACUGUACAUUGAACCUUUUUGUUAAAGUUGCCACUCUGGCUGUAGACUUUUGCCUAAAAAACAUGAAUGUUUAGUUUAAAGCUGUGGCCUUGAUUGUGUGGUGGUGUUGCAACAACGUUUGGCCGGACUAAGAAUCCAGUGCCUGGAGUGUAUAUGUGAUAAGAGAGGAUUUAGAACCCUCUACUUGAAGUCAAUGCAGAAGUUGGGUGGGUUUGUUUAAAGAAAGAUAUCAUCUGAAGCAAAACGUUCAGUCUUUAAUUGAUUGCUGUCAGUGUGUGACUAUAAAGGUAUAUGUACAUUUGAGAUUUUAUUUAAAAUUGCAGAUAUCAAAAUUGUAAAAAAAAACAUUCAAAUUGCAGUAUUGUAAAGUAGUCUCGAAAAGUGGGUUUGUUGUCUAAUAUACAGCAUUCCUGCCCAUGGUAUUGCGGAAAAAAUAAAUGUACUGUUCUCGUAUUAACAACAUAAAACUAUUCAAUCUAUUUACUGUAUAGUGUUAAAUGAAUCAUUCACAUGUUCUACUGAUAAUCUGUGGGGGUCAUUCGACUGGUUAAUUGUAAAAAAAAGACUGUAAAAUCAAUCAUUCAUAUGUGCUACUGCAAUCUUUAGGGGUCAUUCAACUGGUUCAUUGUAAAAAAAAAAACCCUGUAAAAUGCACUUGCGAAAGAAAACAAAAUGCACAAAAUGAAACGGAAGAAUUAAGUAAUGACAACCACUUCACACCCGUGUUUCUCAAACUACAAUUCUUGGACCCAAAUUCUCCCUGGCUGUCUUCACAUACACCUGUUCACAUUUUAAGUCACGGUAAUUGGUUCGCGUUGCAUGCACAUGUUAGAUUGGGUUAUAAUUUUGACGUAAAAUGCACCUGCUUUGCGCCCAAAGACUUGAGUUUGAGAAACAUUUUUUGGGACCCAAAAAUUACGGUCGUCUCUUUUAAAUUCCUCAAGAGCGCACACGCCAGCCAGUUGCUGUGGCCUGCGUUGGGUACUUUUAAUUUGCGGUUAUACUUCCUGCUGUCAUCCCAUGCACAUUUAUCGUUAGGAAAAAACACACACACACACCCCGCCACUUCGCUUUUGAUGGUUGCAGAAACUAAUUGUGUAACAGAUUUUUUUAAAUUCAUAAGCCAAAAAAAACAAAUAAGCCACUCCUGGCAAUCUAUAGAUAUACACUAUUGUAAUUGCUUGUGCCGAUGGCCUGGUGUAUGUGUGCGUGCGUAUGUACGAUAGUUAGAUGGUAGCUGUGAAUGGUACGCUUUUACAUGCACAUUAAACCGUGCUUUUUUUGGAAGAAUGUAUAGAAAGCUAUGGGUUAUGUGUGAUAUCAUGUCGCCAUGGAUAUAUUCGUCACAACUUUGUUCAAAACACAUGUAACUGGUUAUUUCGUUUUAAUUUUGUCUGUUCGAUGUUUUCUCCAUAGUUUUGAAUGUCUAAAUUUUAUAGAAGUCUACACACAGGCUCUUCACGUUUUAUUUUUGUAAGCUCGUGAAAUGCUGCCAUCGAUUGCUUGGUUCUUUGUGUAGAAUAUUCCUGUCAAGUAAUAAAGUCACUGGGUAUACUUACUGCA